UGCCCUGGGAAAGUGACCUAUGAUGCCCAGAAAUCUUCUAGUACUUUCUUCUUUCUUUCUUUUUCUUUCUUUCUUUCAAGUGUUCUGCUGGUUGGUUGAGCUUCAUCCUUCUGAACUGUGGGAAAACUGGGGUUCUGCCCUGUCCACACCAUCACUGAUGGGAGCUUUGUUUUCUGCUUGUCUUUUCCCCAAGGAGAUGAUAGAAAGUGACAUCUCGUCUAUGAUGUCAGGAAUUCUGCAAAACUCAGGGCAAAAUCAUCACCCCUCUCCACAGGAGUACAGGCUCCUGGCCACCACCGGCGAGGACGACCUUCCCGGGGACCUGCAGUCGCUGUCAUGGCUCACAGCUGUGGACGUGCCGCGGCUGCAGCAGAUGGCGAGUGGCCGCGUGGACCUGGGUGGCCCCAGUGCACCCCACCCACAUCCAGGUGCCUUGGCCAGGGCAGCCAGCCUGCAUGUGGGAGCCACCCCAGGUCCACUGCUCCACGGCCCGGCUGGCAUGGUCCCCCCAGGCAUGCUAGGCCUGAGCCCCAUAGCCAAUCACAGAGCCAGCAUGAACCAGAUCCCUGUGGGGGGCCAGCCCUCAUCCAGCCUGCAGGACCAGCCACAGCUGUACUUGCCCGCCUCCCAAACGCAGUUACUGCUGCCCCCAGGCACCCAGCAGCACCCCCCUAUGGGCCUGUACGGCUCCCCGUUUGGAGCACGGCCUCCCUACCCCCAGCCCCGCAUGGCUGUGCAUUCGUCUCGGGAACUGCACCCCAAACACUACCCCAAGCCCAUCUACUCAUACAGCUGUCUGAUUGCCAUGGCCUUGAAGAACAGUAAGACAGGCAGCCUGCCUGUGAGCGAGAUCUACACCUUCAUGAAGGAGCACUUUCCCUACUUCAAGACGGCUCCCGACGGCUGGAAGAACUCGGUGCGGCACAACCUGUCCCUGAACAAGUGCUUUGAGAAGGUGGAGAACAAGAUGAGUGGCUCCUCGAGGAAGGGCUGCCUGUGGGCCCUGAACCUGGCCCGCAUCGACAAGAUGGAGGAGGAGAUGUACAAGUGGAAGAGGAAGGACCUUGCCGCCAUCCACCGGAGCAUGGCCAACCCCGAGGAGCUGGACAAGCUGAUCUCGGACCGACCGGAGAGCUGCAGACGCCCUGGCAAACUGGGAGACCCCGAGGGCCCCGUGCUGACUCAUGCCACCACGGUGGCCAUGGCCCAUGGACGCCUGGCUGUCUCCCAGCUUCCGCCCCAGCCACUGAUGACCCUGUCCCUGCAGUCCGGCCCCCUGCACCACCAGGUCCAGCCCCAGGCACAUCUCGCCCCAGACUCUCCCGCCCCGGCCCAGACCCCACCGCUGCACGCCCUGCCGGAACUGAGCCCCAGCCCCCUCCCCCACCCCGCCAUGGGAAGGGCGCCCGUGGACUUCGUCAACAUCAGCACCGACAUGAACACUGAGGUGGAUGCCCUGGACCCCAGCAUCAUGGACUUCGCUCUGCAGGGGAACCUCUGGGAGGAGAUGAAGGAUGGGGGCUUCAGCCUGGACACGCUGGGGGCCUUCGGAGACUCCCCCCUCGGCUGUGAGCUGGGGGUCUCGGGCCUGACCCCCGUCUCCGGCGGCAGCGACCAGUCCUUCCCAGACCUGCAGGUGACGGGCCUGUAUGCUGCGUACUCGACCCCAGACAGCGUGGCCGCGUCGGCCACAACCUCGUCCUCCCAGUACCUGGGCAGCCCAGGGAACAAGCCCAUCGCCUUACUUUGAGGUG